AUGAUUGUAGCACCGGAAAAGAAAAGGCCCUACUUUGGGCUGACGGGAGGAUGGCUCACGUUUUGGGUUACGGUUGCCUGCGCAACCGACAUGUCCCUAUUCGGUUACGAUCAGGGUGUCUUUAGUGGUGUCGUGAUUUCGAAGGACUUCCUCGAAGUCCACGACCUCGUCGGCCCAACCAAGACCAAGACGCUAUCCACGGUAACUGCCAUCUACGAUGUGGGGUGUUUCUUCGGGGCCAUCUUUGCCUUUACGAUAGGUGAACGCCUAGGGCGAAAGAAGGCUAUUUUGCUGGGAACGACAAUCAUGGCCGUGGGAACCAUUCUUCAGUCGACUUCAUUUAGUCUGGAGCAGAUGUUCAUAGGUCGUAUUAUCUUGGGUGUCGGAAAUGGUAUCAACACCGCAACAGCUCCUGUGUGGCAGACUGAAACCUCGCAAUUGAAAUGGCGUGGAAAACUGGUCAUUCUGGAAAUGAUGAUGAACAUUGCAGGCUACUGCCUUGUCAACUGGAUCAACUACGGCCUUUCCUUCGCCGGUGGUGCCGUCGCCUGGCGAUUCCCGCUUGCAUUCCAGUUCAUCUUUCUUUUCAUUUUGUGGACUACCACUCCGUGGCUUCCUGAGUCCCCUCGAUGGCUUCUUGCUCAUGGGAAAGAAGAAGAAGCCGUGGAGGUCAUCGCUUGCCUCGAAGCUAAGUCGCUCAACGAUCCCUUCGUUAUUGCCCAGCGCAACGAAAUCGAGUUCACUAUUCAAUACGAGCGCGAGAAUGCAAUGCGAUGGAGAGAUCUAUUCAAGAAGAAGAGCGCGAAUGACACCAAGACCCUUCGCCGACUACUUCUCGGUGCCGGCAGUCAGUUCAUGCAGCAAAUGGGUGGUAUUAACAUCAUGUCCUACUAUCUGCCAACGGUCCUAGAGACUGCAGUGGGAAUGGAGGAGAGCAUGGCCCGUCUAUUGACUGCCUGCAAUGCCAUCUCGUACCUGAUAUUUUCCGGCCUUGCAGUACUGCUAGUUGAAAGAAUGGGCCGUCGCGGCUUGAUGAUUUUGUCGACAGCUGGUCAAUUCUUCUGUUUCCUCGUCAUUACGAUCCUCCUUUACCUCGUGGAAACCCGCAGCAACGGGGCGGUGUUCGGCAAGGCAUCUAUUGUGUUCUUCUUCCUCUUCCAUGGGAGCUUCGGAAUUGGCAUGCUUGGUGUUCCAUGGCUGUAUCCAACGGAGAUUAAUUCUUUGCCCAUGAGAACUAAGGGAGCUGCCGUCGCGACUGCAACUGAUUGGAUCACGAACUUUGUCAUUGUCGAGAUCACGCCCAUUGGUAUCCAGAGUAUUGGCUGGAAAUUCUGGAUCGUGUGGACCGUAACAAAUGCGGCAUUCUUACCUAUUCUCUACUUCUUUUACCCAGAAACAGCCAACCGAAGUCUUGAGGAUAUUGAUGACUACUAUCGCGGCAAUCCGUCCCUUAUUGUGGUCAAAGAACCGGAUGCGAUUUGCAGACGCCGCCCUCAGAAGUAUAUCGAUCGUGAAGACGAGGAAAUUGAGAAGACUGCCAUCAGCAAGGGUCUUGCACCCGUGACCGCGGACCACAUCGAAUUCAGCUAA